AAGUUGUUACUAGCCUGUUGCCACAAAAACGUUUAUAGAAAUAUUUCUGCAGUCAGUUUUGUAAGGUUCUUGUAUGGUAUCACUCUCACCGUCACUUCACAUCCUACUCUGAGAUGAUUCAGUUCUUCCAUAGGGAUGUGGCCUUCGGGGCAAAAUAAAUUGCAGAGUCAUGAGUCAUAAGAACCUUUGAAGAACAGGUUGGGCAAACUAUAAAUUCAGCCUACCCAUCAUCUGUACUGCAGAAACCUUGGACAGACCCAGAGCAGCAGCCUUCCUCCCUGCACAAAACAAGGUUCAGAACAAUGGAAGCUUUAAAUAAAGCAAACACAAGCUUUGCUCUCGACUUUUUCAAACAUGAGUGUCAGGAAGAUGACAAAAAGAACAUUUUGUUCUCCCCUUUCAGUAUUUCAUCUGCCCUGGCUACUGUGUAUUUGGGAGCCAAAGGCAACACUGCAGAUCAGAUGGCAAAGGUACUCUACUUCAACGAAGCUGAAGGAGCCAGAAACGUCACCACAACCAUAAGAAUGCAAGUCUAUUCCAGAACAGAUGAGCGUCUAUCGAAUCGCCGUGCCUGUUUCCAGAAGACAGAAAUAGGCAAAUCAGGCAAUAUCCAUGCUGGGUUUAAAGCACUCAACUUGGAAAUCAACCAACCCACUAAAAAUUACCUGCUUAGAAGUGUCAACCAGUUAUAUGGAGAGAAGUCACUGCCUUUCAGUAAGGAAUACUUACAGUCAGCCAAGAAAUACUACAAUGCAGAACCACAAUCAGUUGACUUUGUGGGAGCAGCAAAUGAAAUCAGAAAAGACAUCAAUUCCAGGGUUGAACACCAGACUGAAGGUAAAAUAAAAAGUCUGCUGCCUCCUGGGUCCAUAGAUUCCCUCACCAGGCUAGUCCUGGUAAAUGCACUCUACUUCAAAGGAAACUGGGCAACAAAGUUUGAUGUUGAAGAUACCAGGCAAAGGCCUUUCAGAAUAAAUAUGCAUACAACUAAACCAGUGCCAAUGAUGCACCUGAGUGAUAAACUUAAUUGGACCUACGUAGAAUCAGUCCAGACUGAUGUUCUUGAGCUUCCAUACGUCAACAAUGAACUCAGUAUGCUCAUCCUGCUACCACGGGAUAUCACUGGCCUACAAAAGCUAAUAAAUGAACUGACUUUUGAAAAAUUGUCUGCAUGGACCAGUCCAGAAUUAAUGGAGAAAAUGAAAAUGGAAGUGUAUCUGCCCAGGUUCACGGUAGAAGAGAAAUAUGACCUGAAAUCUACUUUGAGCAAGAUGGGGAUAGAAGAUGCUUUCACAGAAGGUCAAGCUGAUUUCAGGGGAAUGUCAGAGAAUACUGACCUGUUUGUGUCCCAAGUUUUUCACCAGUGUUAUGUGGAAGUCAAUGAAGAAGGCACAGAGGCAGCGGCUGCCAGUUCAGCAUCUCUAGCAUCACGAAGCCUUGGCGCUACAGGUUUUUUUGUAGCAGAUCACCCUUUUCUCUUCAUUAUCAGACACAACAAGACCAAGAGCACCCUUUUCUUGGGAAGGUUCUGCUCCCCCUAGAAAUCAACUGUUAAUAAACAAGCCCUCACAACAAUGAUGAACACAACGUAUGCCACGAAGAAUACCUUGACAGACUGUGCACUUUACCAUUUUCCUGUACUAUUGACAAUCUCUGUUAGAAGAGAGCUCACAUUAAAAAUAACAUGAAUCCAAA